CAACAGGCGUAACUUCCGCGCGCAGUGGGAAGCGGAGGUGAGGCCUGUACAGCGGAGGUGUUGGCGACUUUGGGCUCGUCCUGGAGGCGGUGCGGUAAGGGUCUUCCUUUUCCUGGGCGGACGCUCAGUGGUAUCGCCCGGAGUUGCUCUGCACCGGAAGCUUGGAGCGGAGCUGACUAGGAAGGUUUCUGGGUCUUUCACUGGCCAGGGGAAUCCUCAGAACCUUCAGCCAUGCGUCUCUCUGCCCUGUUGGCCUUGGCAUCCAAGGUCACUCUGCCGCCCAACUAUCGCUAUGGGAUGAGCCGCCCAGGUUCCCUUGCAGACAAGAGGAAGAACCCCCCAGGGACCAGGCGGCGCCCAGUGGCUGUGGAACCCAUUUCCGAUGAAGACUGGCAUCUGUUCUGUGGGGAUAGGGUGGAAGUCCUAGAAGGCAAGGAUGCUGGGAAGCAAGGCAGAGUGGUUCAAGUUAUCCGGCAGCGAAACUGGGUGGUCCUGGAGGGGCUGAAUACACAUUACCGCUAUGUUGGCAGGACCAAGGACCACCGGGGAACCAUGAUCCCUAGUGAAGCACCCUUGCUCCACAACCAAGUCAAACUUGUGGAUCCUGUGGACAGGAAACCCACUGAAGUGGAGUGGAGAUUCACUGAGGCAGGAGAGCGGGUCCGAGUCUCCACAAGAUCAGGAAGGAUUAUUCCCAAACCUGAAUUUCCCAGAGCUGAUGGCAUCGUCCCUGAAACAUGGAUUGAUGGCCCCAAAGACACAUCAGUGGAAGAUGCUCUGGAAAGAACCUAUGUGCCCAGUCUAAAGACUCUGGAAGAGGAGGUGAUGGAUGCAAUGGGGAUCCAGGAGACUCGGAGACACAAGAAAGUCUAUUGGUAUUGAUCCUGGAGAGAGCAGCUUCUCCCCUCCUUGUCUUAGCCUUGAAGGCUGGGGUCGCAUCUUCUUCAGGCAUCAGUAAAGAGCCAUGAGUCCUCCUC